AUGGAUAACCAUGUCAGAUACCCCUUAAACGUUGCCAUAAUUGGCAUUGGCCAUCGCGGUUAUAACACACAUUUCUUGACUUUGCUAGAGAACCCGAGGCUGUGGUGUGUCAAGGCUGUCUGCGACGUCAACCCAGCAACGCGUACUGUUUUCGCCAGCAACCAUCCCAAAAUUCCCAUUCUCAACUCUAUAUCUGCACUGCUAGAUCAGCAUGGUCAUCAGCUGGACUUGGCGAUAGUCUGCGUCCCGCAUCAGUUUCAUCUGGAAUGCUGUCAGGCACUCGCAAAGGCCGGGAUAAACAUCCUCAAGGAGAAGCCAGUCGCAGAGUCGAGAGAAGAAUAUGAUCAGCUCCUGAAAUUACCUGUGAAAGCAGGUAUUACUUUCCAAAAGCGGUUUGAGCCUCGAUAUCUGGUGAUAAAGGACCUCUUGAAACAGGUUGGGCAGGUCGCAUCAUUCAGAGCGGUGUUAACUGCGAGCAUUGACGCAUUAGAUUCCGGUUGGAGAGCUAAAAGUGAUGUCGGAGUUACUGAAGACCUCGGUUGCCACAUGCUCGACAUGAUCGUCUCCCUUUUUGGCAAGCCAACGUCCGUCACUGCUCAGAAUGCCUUAGGAGUGAGGAUUGAGCAGACAUACGGUGGCGAUGAUAUUGCCAACGUAAUCAUGAACUUCGGAGAGUCAGCGAAGCGCAAUAUUGGCCAUGUGCACCUUUCACGUGUAGCUCACCGCUCCGAAGAAUCACUGGUAGUCACUGGAACAAAUGGCACCUUCGUGUUGGAAGGGAAAGAGGUGGUUCUGCGCGACAAUUCCGGUAGCGAGACAUUUCGUUUCAAUGACUCUUCCUCCAAGAGAUUCGCUGUAAAGUCGAUGCUACAGCAAUUCUCAGCGUGGAUCACUGGGGCCGAACCUCAGUUCGCAGCUUCUUUGGCCAAUGUCAGCGACACCGUGAGCGUUAUGGAGGCCAUCCAGCGUUCUUACGGUAACCCGCAUGCCACAGAGAGUCUUGCAUCCCGGCAUCGUCAAAUUGGCAAGCCUUUCCUUGAGGCUUCCCUCGGGGGUGAGCACCAUGUAUGGCCGCUCCUCACCGCCGAAUCGGAGGAUGCAGUUGUUCGACAAAUGCACUCAUCACUGUCUAUCUACAAUAGGUCAGAUAUAUACGAAGUCUUUGAAGAUCGAUGGCGUAAGAUGCACAAUUUGAAGCAUGCACUUGUCUGCAGUUCCGGCACAAUCGCCAUCUUACAUAUGUUCGAAGCACUAGAUCUGCGACCAGGCGAUCAAGUUCUAUGUCCUGUAUACACGUUCUUUGCCACAGCUUCGCCGUUGCUACAGUAUGGGGCAGUGCCUGUAUUCUGCGACUCGUUGGGGGAUGGAAACAUGGACCCUGAAGAAAUUUUGAAAAGAUCCACCCCGAAAACGAAGGCAGUGAUUGUCACGCAUAUGUGGGGCUUGCCCUGCCGUAUGCGCAGGAUCGUCGACAAUGCCGAAAAGAUGGGCAUCAAAGUUCUGGAAGACUGUUCACACGCGCAUGGUGCUGUCGUCGACGGCAAGAUUGUGGGUUCAUGGGGAGACAUGGCAGCUUGGUCACUUCAAGCAAAGAAGAAUGUCAUGGGUGGCCAGGCAGGAGUCAUGGCUACUAACUCAACCGAUUACUAUUCUCGUGCGAUCCUCCAUGGUCACUUCAAUAAGCGAGCAAAGCAGGAAGUCUCAGAAAGUCAUCCACUGCGCAAAUUUUGGUUGACUGGCAUUGGCCUCAACUUGCGAGCCCACCCGUUGGCUAUCGCGUUAGCAAACCAGCAGCUUGAUCGACUUCCAUCCCAUGAUCGCCGCAGGCAAGCUUACGCAUCGUACGUUGCGAGAGAACUUGACAAAAUCCCGUUCCUCAAGAUGCCCACCCUUCAAAACAACAGACGGGACAAACAUGCUUGGUACGCAUUUGUGAUACAAUUCGAUCCUUCCCGUGCACCCAAAGGUUUGACCCGCGAUGAGUUUGUUCGUCGACUCGAGAAGCGCGGUGUCAACGAAGUUGACAUACCACGCUCUACUGGCCUUCUAAAUGGGUUGCCAUUGUUCACACACGCGCACGAGGCAGUGCCAAGAUUUGGGCCCACAGCUUGGUGCAAGCCGCAAGCGACAGUGGAAUUCCCUAAUGCUGAGAGCUUUUAUAACCAUGCCAUCAAGCUGCCCAUGUGGACGACGGAUGGUGACAAGACGAUUGUGGAGCAUUACGUGAGAGAGUUUUUGGCUGUUGCAGACGAGGUCAUGGGGAAUACUCACGGUCAAUGGGGCGAACAGAAUAGGAGACAGGGGACCGAAAACCCCCAAGCCAGGUUGUAA